GGUGCAGGAUGAAGGUGUGUAACCGUGGAGUGCAGAUGCUCCUCACCACGGCGGGGGCUUUCGCGGCCUUCAGCCUGAUGACCAUCGCGGUGGGCACCGACUACUGGCUGUACUCGCGUGGAGUCUGCAGGACCAAAAGCGUCAAUGACAACGACACCAACCGAAAGAACGAAGAGGUGCUUACACACUCGGGGCUCUGGAGACAGUGCUGCAUGGAAGGCAUAUUUAAAGGGGUUUGUAAGAACAUCGAUCAUUUUCCGGAGGAUGCGGAUUACGAACAGGAUGCUGCGGAAUAUCUGCUGCGUGCUGUGCGCGCCUCUAGUCUCUUCCCUAUACUGAGUGUGGGACUGCUGUUCAUUGGUGGAGUGUGUGUAGCUGCCAGUGAGUUCUACAAGAGCCGACACAAUGUCAUCCUGAGCGCGGGCAUCUUUUUCGUCUCAGCUGGCCUUAGCAACAUCAUUGGCAUCAUCGUGUACAUCUCAUCCAACGCCGGCGACCCUAACCAGAGCGAGUCGAAGCGCAGUCACUGGUACGGCUGGAGCUUCUACUGCGGGGCUCUUUCCUUCAUCAUAGCGGAGACGGUCGGCGUCCUGACCGUGCACCUGUUCAUCGACACGCACCGCGUGCUGAGAGCGCGCUCGCAUCGCACGCUCCAUACCAGCACGCAUUCCCUACAGCCUCGGCGCUCGACCAGCUACCGUUCCCGCUACCGCUGGAAGCAGGGUCAAAACCGCUCCUCGGGCUCGCGCGAGCCCUCUCCGGCCCGGCACGGGAACGACCUCGGGCUUUACGCGCUGGGACGCGGACUUCCACCAACAGCUGCUCACGCGCUCGCGCACAACACCGUCGGCGCAGGCCGCGGCUUCGCGCAUUUUCAUAACUCUGUCAUCGCUAACAACAGCUUUGCGAAUCCCCACGCGUUCGCCACGCAGAACUCGUUGAAAUCGGGAAGAGAGCUUGCGCACGCACAGAACUCGUUGGGCACCGAGAAAGGCUUUGCGUUAUCAGACGCGCAUGGACUAAAUUCUGUCAAACCUGAAAAUGGAGUCGCGCUGUCGCAGAACUAUAAACUGAACUCAGUUAACCCCAGUAAAAGCCCAGUGCAUGCGCAGAAUUCUGGGAAUGACAAUGCACGCGUGCAAAACUCUGUAAAAGAGCCUUCGUAUAUGUCUCAAAGUAGCACGGCGUCAAGAAGAACAACUCCGGUGUAAAAAAAAAAAAAAAAAGUGGUUUGACCUAUGCUGCUAUAUUAUGCUAUAUGAAAGGUCCGAGUGAAUAUUAGCUAAUUCCUUCACUGAAUAUGUGCAUAUUAUUUGCUUUUAGCUAUAUGUAAAACAUGAAGUGGAUCUGACUCUGAAAACAAUGGUGCUGUUUGUUUAUUGUGCCCUCUGCUGUCUUUACGCAGAAGCGAUCCUGCUUCUUUCUCCCAGUGAACUUUUCCGGAUGCAAUACUCUUAAUGGCCACGUGAGCAGCAAACGGCAACUGUUACGUCAAAACACACUGGACCCUUUCUCUGAUGCUUUUACUGACAACGUAAAUCUAAAAAAAAAAAAAAAGCAUUUUAUAUUUUCAUUUAAAAAAUGGCAUGUACACUUAUAAAGCUACACUUCGUGUUUUAAUAACUUGGUAUUAAAAUUAUAGAAAACUAGUGUGUGGGAGUGACAGCAAAUUUGACAGGUUUCUCUUCUGACCGCCUUCAUCAGUCUCUCAGUACGUUUCCUCUCUAUUGUAAAGUCGUAGAAACACUAUUGUGAUUUUUAUUUUGCUAUUGGAGCAAAUGGGAUCGCAAACAAAAACAUUCAUGUAGUUUCUCGAGAAGUAUAAAUACGGCAAUUUCUGAGAACCCCAUAAAUGUAAAAAGGGUUCCCUGGCUCGUUCAUCACUUCUGGAUCCAUAUUAUGACUAUUAUUAUGAUUAUUUAGCGCAUUCGGGUUUUAGUAUACAUUGUAUGUGCUCUAUUGGAUUGGGUAAGUUAACGUACAGUUUUUUUAAAAUACAAAUUAACUGACAAUACAACUGAUAGGAUAGAUGGAUAGCCCGGAGCAACAGGGUUAAGUGGAUUGAUUUUAGACUCAAUGAGGGCAGAACAGAAUGGCGGCGUUAGUGUCUGGGUCAUGCAUCACUAUGACCGAACCUUAAAACUUUUACAUCUGCAAUCAGAAAACGGUGUCUUGCUACCUCAAUUAUUUGCCAAUGGUCAGGUUUGUUGUCACAUCUUUGGAAAGCAGAGCAGGAGAAUAUGAAUAUGUUCUGUUUUCAGAAUAAGUGGAUAAAUGGUAAUAUAUUUUGUGAAAUACAUUGUGAGAUAUUUUCAAGUUCUUUGUUAAU